UCAAUAUGGCGUAACAUCCGGCGCGUCGCCAGUCACUCGCUCGACUUUGUUUGCGGCGGUUCGACUCUCUCUCUCUCUCUCUCUCUGGUUUUAACCUUUAACUCCGGAUUUGGAGAUUUUUUUUUACUAAUUGCGGUUUACUUGCGUGCGCGAAUGUGUUUUUACGCGUUGCAUGUCGUGUAAUUAUUAUUAUUAUUGCCGCGAAAACGAUAAACAAAAAAGGUGGACGCGCGACUGUUUGCAAAUUUGCGUUGCUUGUUAGCGAGGAAUGAAUUUUUGUCGCGUUUCGUUCCCGGAUCGUCGUUAGAACCACCCCGACUGCCAUCGCUGCCUUGUUACUUGUUGUCGCUAUGCGUUGUUUCCGUUUUGAGUGAUCGAACCGUGAUUUCGUCGUGAUUCAUCAUCAUGUCCAGAGCGACUCGUGCGUCGUCCCGUUGCGCGAAAGGUCACGCCAAUAAUGCGAACAGGGGAAGAAGAAAACGUGGUCUAGAAACAAAUGUAACAAAAUCUGUUUAUUUCCAAAACAAAACUGCAAUCUUAUCCCCAUCGGGAGAAAGGGAAAAAUUAAUUGCCACAGAACUGGUUACAAAUGAGAACAAUGACGGAGAAAUUAAAACAAUUCACAACUCUCAAAAAAUAUGCUCUCCCGUUAUCAAAUCAAUAACUUAUAUCUAUUACCAAAACUCAGAUACAAUAAAUCUAAACAAUUUAGGACCACAUCUUUUAGAAAAUGGACAAGUCCCGAUUUGUGGUCAAGAAAAAAAAGAAAUUAUUUCUGAUGUAGAACAAUUCAAAGUCGAUGAAACAACGGUGGCCGUUCCAGUUCAUAAAGCGUCUACUCCUCACAAGAUAAAAAUGCAACUGGUAGACGCAGGAGCUACUAAUCCCGAUAAGAGUAAUCAAUCCGUGAUGCAACUGCAGUGUAGCCCGUUAAAAGUUGUAAUGAAGCCGCCCGCUGCACGAGGUCGUAAAAAAGGAAUUUCCAGCAAACCCGUCAAUCAACGUCCGUCAACGAAACCGUCAACCAUCGGAACAAAUCAUUCGAUCACCGAAUACUUUCCGGUCCGUCGUAGUGUCAGAAAAAGCAAAAAGGUCGUGUUGGAGGAGAAGCAACGCGAUUUGGAAAACAAAGUGCUCUCUCAGAUCGAGGAGGGUUUAGAGAUCAGAUAUUUUCCGGGUAAAGGUCGCGGGGUUAUAACAACACGAGAAUUUGCGAAAGGCGAGUUCGUGGUUGAAUAUAUCGGCGAGCUUAUCAAUCUCGUAGAGGCAAAAGAGCGCGAGAAACGGUACGCGCAAGAUCAAAAUGCCGGAUGCUACAUGUAUUACUUUCAACAUCGUAAUCAGCAGUAUUGCGUCGACGCAACCGCGGAGUCUAACAAGCUAGGAAGAUUGGUGAAUCAUUCGAGAAACGGGAAUUUGGUGACGAGAAUCGUCGAGGUUUGUUCGAUGCCGCAUCUAGUGCUCACGGCGAAGGAGGACAUAUCGAUCGGCGAAGAAAUCACAUACGAUUACGGAGAUCGGAGUCGCGAAUCAAUUCGUCAUCAUCCAUGGUUGGCGUUAUAGCACUUCAAAAAAUUGUUAUUUAUUUAUUGCGUUAUAUGUUAUUGUACAAAAAAAAAAAAAAAAAAACAAAAUAUUCAAUUUCUCUGUAUGUUUCUUCUAUGAAGGAACAUUCAAUUAAAUUUAUAUAAAAUUAUCUACAAUUUAUGUAUAUUUAUGAAAAAACUUGCACGUGCAACUUUUAGGCUAAUUGAAUUCGAAACAAGUGGUAGUUACAUUGCGAGAAGUUUUUCUUGAAUGUUUAUAAAAAAAAAAAAAAACUGAAGAAUUACGAUUAAAUUUUUAACAAAGAGAUUGCAUGAACGGAACGAAGAGAGACGGCGGCACGUCAUCAGCAGAUUUCCCAGAUUUAGUUUUGGCUGAUGAUGAUGAUGAUGUGAGGUUUGAAAGUAUAGAUAUACUUCUCUGUGAAUGCGUUAAUUGUUAUGCGUUCGACGUGAUAUAGUAUUAUGAGGCGAAAAACGUUUGUAUUGAAUGAAAAGCGAACUUAAGUGGAAUUGUGACGAAUCGUAGUACGAAUCGCGCUUCAUCUAAGGUUUGUUGUUUUUUUCCCCUGAACUGGAUGCACUAGUUCAGGGAAAAAAAAACAAACCUCUAGUUCCAGCUUUCGAUGGAAAUUCAAGUUGAGAAAUUUCCACGUUACUCUUAGGCCGGAGUUAAUCGAGAGAUCUCGAAGCGUUUUUGUAACACGCACUGAUUUAUACAAAAAAAAACUACGAUUGAUAAUCUCUUCCUUUUUUUUUUUUUUUUUGUUUUUUAAACAUAAGCGAUCGCUGCACAGAAAAAACACAGAUUAGGUUUUUUCUUUUAGAAUAUUUUUAUCCGACACGCGAUAGUUUAGGAGUUUUUCUAUUCACUGCCGUGAACUUUCUGCGCUGGAAUGUUUCCGAAAAGACAAUUGUACAAUGUAUACUGUAAAAAUGAUACGUGUAAAUAGGGUAAAUUCUCCGACUUGCGUUCAUCAUGUUCAAAAAAUGUCUCUCAAUGUGUGCGUUAUAACUUUCAUCUCUUUCAGUCAUUUUGUUCCCAUUUCCACCUUCAUCAUCGUUUUAUUUAUAAAAAGCAUUAAAGCGAGUUACAUCUGUUAUUUAAUAAAACUACGUCAAUUUCAUGUAUUUUUA